AUGGAGAAUGCGACCCCUGAACCAGUUUAUGUCGAUGUGGACAAGGGAUUGACAUUGGCCUGCUUUGUCUUCCUGUGCCUCUUCCUAAUUGUAAUGAUUGUCCGAUGUGCUAAGGUGAUAAUGGACCCAUACAGUGGCCAUCCUACGUCCACUUGGGAAGAACAGCAUCUAGACGAUUGA